CGUGUGUGUAUCCGUACCGUACGUACAUUACUUACGAUACAGURCCGUACGAUGCGAAAUUGGGAAUCAUUUUGUCGAAAAAGGAUUCCAUGUUUCGCGUUGGAUGCAACUCGAUACGCAUGAGAUUGUGUUGUGAUCUAAACUCAUUGCUUCCACCAUUCGAACAAGACUCUCCCAUCUAGAGGUGCAUACCCAYUUCAAUCCGUCCCGCAUUGUCCCACGGUAUUCCGGGCGGCAUGAACCGGCACGGAUCCCGCAUCGCUUGCCUGGCGGCCCGGCGAAAGCUGCACCGGAGGGCCCCCACGGCCUCGAUUCUCCGGAACCUCGGGAUCCGGGCUCCUUCGCCGCCGGUGGCUCCCGGAAGAUCCCCGCCCCGCACCGAGGCCCAGCGGUGGUCCUCGYUGUCCCUCGAAACGGCGUCGAGCGAGCUCCCGGGGACGCGCCCGCGAAAACCCCCCUGCCUUUCCGGCCGGAACGACGUCUCGCUGGCCCGGUACCCGAACCUGCGGACCGCGGGAGGCAUGCUCCGGGGGGCCGACUACGCGGGAACGGUCACMUUUGCCCUGACGGGGACCAUCACCGCGGCCCAGUCCGGCCUGGACGUCUUUGGGUGCUGCCUGGUGGGGAUCCUCACCAGCGUGGGGGGCGGGACGAUCCGGGACUCGAUCCUCCUCAACAAGCGGCCCUUCUGGACGGAGGAGCCCGAGUACAUAUGGAUGGGCCUGGCGACGGGGCUGGUGGCCUUUUUUGCCUGGCCCACCUCGGUCCUGGAGUGGAAGCGGCGGGAGCAGCAGAAGCGCGACGAGGAAACGCGGCAGCGGCWGCGGGAUGGCACGYCCGCUGGUUCUCGGGAAGAGCCGUCCCCAACGGACCGGGGUGGCCACCGCGGCUCGGGCUUUGACGCGAUCGACGUCUUCCUCGAGAGCAUGGACGCGAUCGGCCUGUCGGCCUUUUGCAUCAUCGGGGCCCAGAACGGGAUYCGGGCGGGGAUGCCYCCCGUCGUGAGCGCCAUCUGCGGGAUGGCCACCGCUACCUUUGGCGGCGUCCUCCGGGACGUCCUGUGCGGGAGGCCGGUCCGGAUCGUCCAUUCCAACACGGAGGUYUACGCRCCCCCGGCGCUGGCGGGGGCCGCCGUCUACCUGGCGGCCGGGAGCGGAAGGAUCGCCGGCCUCCGGAUCCCGGUGGCGUCCCCCCUGGCCAAGAUCGGCCUGGCGACCGCCACCUGCCUGGGGGGCCGGUACGUGGCCAUCGCCAACGACGUCAAGGUGAGUGCCGGACGGCGUUUCGAUUCGAAUCGUUCGCUGCCUGGCAGCCAUUCUUGGAAGGUGUCUGCCCACGACGACCMGGGGUUCCUCGAUUCUCACCGUUCGCUUCUCCUUAUUUUUCUUUUCUCGAAACCGAUUGGUGCCGCAUCCAUAACCAGCUGCAUACAUGGGACACGGCACACGACAACCUCGGUGUCACCAUACGGAAGAAGCCCACCCAAAACAGGAAUUACAGAAACAGGGACUAAUAGUGCUAGAGGUGUUGUGCCUCGUGCUUUCAAAAAGCACGGCGACGACGGACCUUGGUCGUGCAAAACACAAUUUAAGGUACAAUCAAUCYGCGUUCGUGCUCUUGUCGGUCAGGGACAUCCAAACGGAAGCCUGGCCGGCAAAAAAAACAUUGGGGGACCUGCUCUUCUACGCGUCAAUGCGAUGCAAUGCRAUGCCGCAAACCAACCGGCCCGCAACACGCUGCCGUGCGCAAAGAAUMCUACGGCUUGCCGGAAACUCGGCAAGGCAAACCAGUGCAAUGCGUGUCCAUCCACAGAGC